AUGAUCACUUCAGUUUUCUCCAACCUUGGGUUUAUCUACUUCCUUCUGGUGAUCAUUCAUCUGAGCUCGAGCAGUCCUAUCAACCCUACCGAGAACCAUCACAGGGCAUCAGUUGGUAGUGUCAUGGUUGAUAAUCCACUGCUUGAUGCACAGGACUUUCUAAGCCAGUUUCUGUCCACGCUGAACAUCACAAAGCUGAGGCCCCAGACCCAGCCACUUGCUGCCCACAAAGAGCCACCAGAGUACAUGCUGGAGCUGUACAACCGAUUUGCUAAUGACCGGACUGCUGUGCCAUCAGCUAACAUUGUGCGCAGUUUCAACAAUGAAGAUUCCUCCCCCUACAGUAUAAGACCCAGUGGUGUAAGGAUAUAUCCCCUGCUGUUUAAUAUCUCCAUACCCCACCACGAGCGCAUGACAAUAGCUGAACUUCGACUUUUCACUAUGGUCCGGAGGGCCCAAAGACCAUCUGCUGGCUUUGACUGCAAGGUGACAAUCUACAAAGUACAUGAGGGUGUUGUCUGGACAAAAGAGGUGGGGAAAGAAGGAAGAAGGAGGGAUAAAGAGGAGGUGUCGGAGAUGAAGGAUCUGGAGGAACUGAUGACAAAGCAUAUUCAUGCAAAAGAUAAUAGCUGGGUGUCAUUUGACCUGCCUCAUGUGGUUACACUCUGGCGGAAGUCAGGGUGUGCAACUCACAGAUUGGAGGUUCACAUUGCAAGUAUGGGAUCAGAGGAUGAAGGAGCCACACAAGAGGCCACAGAAGAGGUCGAAACGUUCGUGGACAUUGACAGGAGCUUCGAGGGGAAACACAAUGCAAUGAUGAUUGUGUUCUCAGAUGACCAGAGUAGAGACCACAAACAGGACAAACAAGAACUCACGCAAAUGAUUAAACAUGAGAAUGACCUUCCUGAAAACAUGGGCAGGGGCCAAGAACCUUUCUGGGAGUAUGUUAAUCACAACAACGGCCAUGCUAAACAGGACAAGCUGGACCAACAGUCUCUCGUGCAACUGCAGUCCAACCUUAUCUAUGACGCACCUCCUCGAAUCCGUCGCAAUGUUAAGAGCGAGUCAUGCAGAAGAACACCUCUCUCUGUGGAUUUUAAAGACAUUGGCUGGGAUAAAUGGAUCAUCCAGCCUCUGAGCUACGAAGCGUACAAGUGCAAUGGUGUAUGCAACCCACCUAUGACUUCCGAGGUCUCCCCCACCAAACAUGCUGUAGUGCAGACACUGCUGAGCAUUAAGAGUCCAGAGAGAGCACCGCGUGCCUGCUGUGUGCCCACAAAGUUGGAGCCAAUAUCACUCCUUUAUCAUGAUAAUGGGGCGAUCACUUUCAACCACAAGUAUGAGGGAAUGGUGGUGGCAGAGUGUGGCUGCAGAUAG